CUUGCUCGGGCUUGUGUUUGGGUGUUUCCAUGCUGGCCGCGGAAGAAGGAGAAGGCAAAAAAGUUCCUCCCGGACGAGCGAAGACAGAAAUGGAGCCGUCAGAAUUCCCAAAAGACUUGCUCGAGAGCGUUCGGGAGGCGGUGGGGCCGAGCCUCAAGUUGACCCUGAGCUGCCAACUUCAGCUGGAGGUCAAAGGUGAAAAGGUGGACAACAAAGUGCUGGCCUUGGCAUCACAUCGAGCCUUCCUGCUCUCAGCACGCAUCCCUUCCAAGGUGGAGCACUCCUUCAGCUACCUGGACAUUCUCGGUCUCCAUAGCAACAAGCCCACUGAGGUGCUACUGGAGUGUGGGCGGGGCCCUUGCACGCUGUGGUUUAGUUCCCAGGAGGACAGUGACCAGGUCAUCACCCAUCUGGGCUCGUGUCUCACCAGGAUCUGCCCGGACACGAACCCGCUUAAGAAGUUUGACGUGGCGCCUUGCGAGCGACGGGCCGCCCUCCAGGCUGUCUGGGAGCAGCAGGACCCCGCCGACUUGGGCCCUUGCGGAGGAUUCUCGGAUCAGUACCGGGCCGUCUGUGACAGUCUCAACCUGGCCUACAGGGAGGAGGUCCAAUGGGAUGUGGACACCAUCUACCUGAGCCAAGACACCACAGAACUCAACCUGCAUGACUUCAGUCACCUGGAUGGCAGGGAUCUGGUGGCCAUCGUUGGCACUCUCGAGUACAACAAGUGGUUCACCAAGCUGGUCGUGAAAGAUUGCAAGCUGUCGGCAGACGUGUGUGAGCAGAUCCUGCGCGUGACAUCCCGAUCGAGUUGCCUGGAGGAGCUGGUCCUGGACAACGUCGGUCUCAGAAGUGACUUUGCUCACAAGCUGUCCUUGGCGCUAUGUCACAACCCCGCCUCCGCGCUGCACACCCUCAACUUGAGCAACAACUCUCUGGACGAGAAAGGCAUGUGGGCUCUGGGCGCUCAGCUGGGCAAACUGGCGACGGGCCUGAAGAAGGUGAACUUGAGCAGGACCUCGUUGUCCCCCAAAGGCGUGAACCUCCUGGCUCAGGCGCUGCGUGCCAACCCCGCCAUGGCCUCCACCCUCACACACCUCCACCUGGCGGGAAACUCACUCAGAGGGGACGACCUGCAGAACCUCCACCACUUCCUGAGUCAGGACAACAGCUUAGAAGUUUUGGAUUUGGCCUGUACUGACUGUUCAUUGGAGCAGAUAUCAGCGUCUCUGCUCAGAGGAUGUUUGAAGCGUCUACGUGUCCUCAACAUGUCCAAGACAGUCUACUCUCACAGGAAGUGCAAGGAGGUGCCGGCGUCUUUCAAGCAGUUCUUCAGCUCGAGCCAGGCUCUGAGCUCCGUCAACGUGUCCGGAUGCAGACUUCCCGCCGAGGCUCUGAAGGCGCUGCUGCUGGGCCUGGGCUGCAACCCCAACCUGAGCGACGUGUCUUUGGACCUGAGCGGCUGCGAGCUGCGCUCGGCGGGCUCUCAGAUUCUGGAGGGCUGCGUGGCCGAGAUCCCCAACAUCUCCAGUCUGGACAUCUCCGAUAACGGUCUGGACGGGGACCUGAGCACCCUGCUGGUCUGGCUGGCCAAGAACCGCUCCAUCCGCCACCUUUCGUUGGGCAGAAACUUCCAGAGCAUCAAGUCCAAGAACGUGGCGCCGGUCCUGAGCGACCUGGUCCGUCUGAUCCAGGAGGAGGAGUCGCCGCUGAGCUCGCUGUCGCUGGCCGACUCCAGGCUGAAGGGGGACCUGGUCGUGGUCCUCAACGCCCUGGGAAGCAACACCUCGCUGACCCGGCUGGACAUCAGCGGCAACGCCAUGGGCGACAUGGGCGCCAAAAUGCUGGCCAAGGCCCUGCAGAUCAACACCAAGCUCAGGACGCUCAUCUGGGACAGGAACAACGUCAGCCCUCGGGGUCUGCAGGAAGUGGCGUCCGCCUUGGAGAAGAACUUCACCAUCCGCUUCAUGCCCGUUCCCAUCGUGGACGCCGCCCAGGCGCUCAAGACCAACCCGGAAAAGACGGAAGAUGCUCUGCUGAAGAUGGAGCACUUCCUGCUGAGGAACCACGAGAGCCGCAAGUACCUCCGGGAGCAGGCGUACCGGCUGCAGCAGGGCAUCGUCACCAGCGCCACGCAGCAGAUGAUGGACACCAUGUGCGUGAAGGUUCAGGAUCACCUGAACUCGCUCGCGUUCUCCCAGGACCGCGCCGUCCAGGAGGACAUGAAAGUGGCGGAAAACCUGAUGACAGACGCGCGGAACUCCAAGACCCUGCUGCCCAGUCUCUAUCGGCUGGAGGGGGACCGUCUCCGCGGCGCCAUCCGAGGCAAACUGGAGUCCGUGGCGGCGGAGGUGGCGGCCGUGAUGGAUGAGGAGCUGGAGACGAUGCUGGCGUCCAUGUUGGAAGCGGCCUCGGUUUUGUGUCCUCACGUGAUGAAGAUGAGCGGUCUGGGUUCAGACCUGCUGAAGGCGGGCGCGGGGAAGAUGAGCGUCCCUCGCACGUUCAUCACCAAGACGCUCCUGGAACAGGCGGGCGUGGACAUCCUCAACAAGAUCAGUGAGCUGAAACUCAGCGUGGCGUCCUUCUUCUCCGAUCGCAUCGUAGACCGGAUCCUGGACUCUUUGUCCAUGUGGCGCCACACGCUGGCCAGCCACGUGGCGAGGCAGGGCCAACCCGCGCUACGUCCCGAAUCUCUGGAGGAAACGCAGGUUUUGGAUGAGACGGUCCUUCAUCCGGAGGGCGGCCAGAGGGAAGGCCGAGCGGACGCUUCCGCGGUGACGGCCAAAUCCAAACGGAAGAGUAUUCUGGUGCGGAUGUUGCGACCGGUCUCCGUGGCCUUUGAGAUGGAGUUUGACCUGGACAAGGCCCUGGAGGAGGUCCCCGUUCACGUGGUGGACCCACCGCCCUCGUCCCCGCCGCCCUCGUCCCCGCCGCCCUCGUCCCCGCCACCCUCGUCCCCGCCGCAUCCGGUGGCCGUUUUCCCGCCUCUCGCCUCGCCGCCGCCGCUGCAGCAUCACACCAAAGUGCGGCCGAAAGCCAGGAGGCGAAACAAACCCAGCAGAGUCGGCCGUGAGGCACCGGAGCAGUUGGAGCUUCAGGGCACCAUGGGAAAGCUGGACGAGGGUGUGGACGAGUUCUUCUCCAAGAAAGUCCUGCAAGUCAGCUUGAAACGCCGCGCCGCGCAAGCUGCGCCGUCAAACGCGCACCGGUCGGCCGACAAGAAGCGGGGGUCCACGAGGAGUGGCUUCUUCAACCUCGCCAAAGGGCGGACAUCCUGCUCGGAGAAAAAUCAAGGGGCCGCGUCCCCCACCCCCGCGCACGCGCCCCGGCCGGUUAUGUUCGCGGACGAAUCGCCGCCCGCGUCGCCGCCCGCGACGCCCUCCUCACGACAGCGGCAGUCCCUCAGAGCCCGUCCCCAGGAAGACGGCCCCCCGCUUCCGCGGCACGUGGGCAUCCCCGUCAUGGGCGCCGACCUUCUGGCGGAGAUGAAGGCACGGCAGGAGAAAAUGGCCGCUCACAAGGUGAGCAAGUUGGAGUCAUCAGAAGAAGAUGGCCACAUGGCCAACUUGGCCACGGACGCAGACCGAUCCCGAGCAGAGGCCGCCCCGAGGUCCGAAGCGCCCGCCGCCGUCGGCCCCGAGUGGCCGCUCCCACCGUCGGCCGCCGAAUCCCCGACUGCCUCCGGUCCCUCGGGUUUCCCCAGUCUGCCCAGUCCCCUGAGCCCCAGCGGCGCCGUUGUGCCAGCCUGCGGCGUUGCCGCCGCAUCGUUGCCCCGGCGACCCUGGUCCUCCCUCAAGACGUCGCCGCGCCGGGGUCUGGAUGGGCGUCGGCGAGCCAAGUCCCUGCCCGCCUCCGCUCCGGCGCCAUAGGCUCGGACGUCUCCCCAAACGACGACGACGACGCGACCGCCGAAGCUCCGAGCGCCGUCGAUCGGAGACCCGACGCCUCGAUCGGAAGGAGCCCCAACCGGCGAACGCUUGGGAAUGGCGCUCGGAAUGAACGCUUGGCAGUCCUUUUGCUUCCUCCUUUCUUUCUUUCGAAAACCGCCUCAUUCGGCUAACUGAGCAGACCGGGCGCUUUUCCGAAGACGGCAUUGGUGAAUAAAGUCUCGUUGACCCAAU